GCAGCAGCGUGGCUCCUCACAGUGCUGGUAAACAUGGCGCCGUCCAGAGAGAACAGCGUGAAACAGAGCGAGACAGAAUCCUGCAAAACCUCCUCUAAAAAAGCGAUAAACUCCAAAACACAGCUCAUUCUACAGAGCAGAAAACAUGCUAACGAGAUAUUCGACGUGCUGGAGUUCCUCCAGUCCGAUAAACAGAAGGAGGUGCUUUUUGCCAUCGCAGCCUGUCAGAAAAUCUUCUGUGCUCUGCUGGAGAGAGGAGACCUGUAUGUUGGUCAGCUUCCUAAAGAAGAAGAAAUAGUGGAAGGGGAUCGAGAUGCAGAUGAAAAAUACCACAUAUUUGUGAGACAUCGCUACAAUGACUGUGUGGAGCUGCUUUUGGAGAAUACUAGUCAUGAAGUGUUCCAGGUCAAGGAGGCUGCUCUUUGUACUCUAAUGAAGUUUGCAGCAGCUGAAGGGAAGCACCCUCUGCAGAAGCAGGAAUGGAGUGAGCACUUCAACUUCCCCAUAGAGCUUAUACUGGCAGUGGUGCGGUGUCUGCUCUCAGAGACGGAGGACAUGGCCCUGCUCAUAUCCAGGUUUCAGGAGUUCCUAGAAAUGGAUGACGUUCGCUACUAUGUCAUGAGCUCCAUUAGAGACAACAUAGCCAAAAUCAUGGACAAAAACAAACAGGCUGUGUUGCCUGUGUACCAGACCAACGUGUUCACACUGCUCACGAACAUCACUAUGCCCAGCAAGAGUUCAGACAUCACCAACUUCCUCAUCCAGCAAGAAACCAAUCAAGAAGACUGGAAAGCUGUCAAACUGAAAGAGCACAGGCGAGCGUUUGAGCAGAUGUGGUUGACCUUUCUGAAGUAUAAGUUGCCUGGAGGCAUGUAUAAAAAGGUGUUAGUCAUUCUUCACGACACCAUUAUGCCCCAUAUGAGCGACCCCACACUGAUGAUCGACUUUCUGACUGCAGCGUAUGAUGUUGGUGGAGCAGUCAGUUUACUGGCUCUGAAUGGGCUUUUUGUCCUCAUCCAUAAGCACAAUCUUGAUUAUCCUGAUUUUUAUAAAAAGUUGUACAACCUGCUGGAUCCUUCAGUGUUUCAUGUGAAGUACAAAGCGCGGUUCUUCCAUCUAGCCAAUAUCUUCCUCUCCUCAAGUCAUCUACCGGUCUAUCUCGUGGCUGCUUUUGUCAAGCGUCUGUCCCGUCUGGCAUUGACUGCUCCGCCUACAGCCCUGCUCAUAGUACUGCCAUUUGUAUACAACCUCAUUCGCAGACAUCCAUCAUGCAGAGUUCUCAUCCACAGACCCAGUGCAGCUGAUGAGCUCUGCAAUGACCCUUAUCUGAUGGAUGAGGAGGAUCCUACCAAGUGUCAUGCUCUGGAGAGCAGUCUAUGGGAACUACAGACGCUGCAGAAGCAUUACAAUCCAGAUGUGUCCAAGGCAGCCAAAGCCAUUAACGAGCCUCUGUCGAGGCAGGAACAAGAUAUCAGCGAGCUGCUGGAGUUGAAUAAUUUUGAGCUGAUGGAGCGAGACCUGAAGAGCCAAGUUCAAUCAGUGCCGCUGGAGUUUGACCCAGCCAGUGGCCUUCUGCAGAGCACCAGGGAGGUUCUGGGAGUGCACUUCUCUCUGGAGUAAACCAUCAUUUCCAGCAUUAACUGGAUUAUUCUGUCUUUCUUAUAAUUGUAAUAAUAUUUUUUCUUUGAUAUUAUCAAAGUUUUGUAUAUGAAAAUGUUUUUUUCUGUGUGAAUAAAUCAUUUGAGAUUGAA